AGCGUGCACCAGUAGUCACCACGGAGUAGCGUCACGACGUUCACGGCGAGGCGAGGGUCGACGCAGUGUUUCGCACGUCGUUGUCGUCGAACGCGCGACGUCAGGCAUGGCCAGCGCCUUGACGUUCUGUCUGUUGCUCGUCGCACUGGCGAACCCGGGUUGCUCCACACGUCGCACACUACGAUCGUGGAUGAAUCCGGGCUGCGACGAGCACUGUCAGCGACGGAACGUGACGACACUCUACCUGAGAGCCGAUGGCGCGAACGACACGUUGCAUUACUUGUGGGACUUCACCGUCGGCAGACCGUCCGUGCUGCUGGCGCUCACGCCGGCUUCCGCCUGGCUCAACAUCAGCUGGCCGGAUUAUCUCGACAGGCGGGAGUACUCGGUCUUCUUCUCGGAGCCGCCCGUUUAUACCUUCGGGGUGAUAGUGAAUAAGAUUAUCGAAUUCAACGACGUAAAUGACACGGCACUGAUCGACACUGCCGACGUCGCUAGUACGAACGUUUUGUAUCCCGAGUAUUUCGACUGGCGGCUCGCGUCCUUAUCGAAAAACGACGAGUUUGUCUACCUGGAUAUGGAGGGUAACUCUUAUCACGAUACAGCUAAGAAUAUCAGCAGAUACGGGAGUAUAAAGCUUUCGCUGCGAGGAUUUUGCACUUUCGACCACGCGGACAUGGUGCCGCACAUGUUGCACACGGAGAACUCAACGCAGGUGGACAUCGUUCUCGACGGUGUACAGACUAAUGAGACGUUCUCCAAGAGCAGGUUCGCGAUCGAAUUGCUCGUGGUCGGCAACGGUGAUCCGGAGAUACCGAUGUUCGUCGACCCGAAGAAGAGUCUGGACGAUGAGCACACACCGGGUAUAUUUGAGGUAGUCGAGGUCAGAAUACCGCCCCACAAAGGCUUGGACAGCGCGCUGAAUACCGGAGCGUACUUACAAUGGCGCCCGGUAUCGUACACGAGCGCGUUGCGCGAGGUGACCAGUUCCACCGAGACAAUGCAGUAUCCUCCGAGGAAGGUGUCGAAUCGCGCCAACGCCAUUGAUCGUUCGAUGCUCCACUGUUACUACGGAAGAGACACGGGCACGCUACUUUUGCAGAAAGUAACGGUCUCCUUGGGCUCGAGAGGAGACGGCUUCUAUAAGAAGACGAAUUAUCUGACAUGGACGUUCAUCAUCGGAUACGGCACGCCACCCGAGGAGAAAUUCUCUAAUCUGGUGAUUAUGAUAAUCUCAAUCGGCCUCGGCCUCCCUUUGCUCAUCAUGGUCAUCGCCGGCCUGUACCUUUGCAUUCGCCGAAUGCCGAAGCGACAAGGCGACGUCUACCUAAGUCAAUGAAAGUGAUCGCCUCGCAAGGCGACCCUGGAGUCGCCGGUCGUCAGCCUCGCGCAGCUCGUCGCCGGCUGACGAUGUCCGCGCGCGAGCCGCGCGCGCCCGAACCAUGUGGUUUCUUCGUGUGUCGCGUGUACAUUUAGGUACACACAGGCCACCAUCUACCACCAUUUGUUCUACACAAAGAGAUAUUCCUAUAUUUAUGUACGACACGUAUAUUUUUACACGAACAGUUAGCUCGGAUCUGAUCUACCAGUGUGUGAUAUUAAAGCGCGAACGAGAUGUUAGUGCCGUUUUCUCCGGCGAGCGUGCUCGGCGCGCGAUCGUCCACGGUUCCUCGUCCCAUCGUACUAGAUUUAGGAACAUAACACACGCACCACGAGAGGAAGGUUCACGUGUGUGUUUGGUUGCAUUUUCGCGCACGAACGAGGAAUCGCGCGCUCGAUUAUGCUCAGCCCUGGGUACGCUCGUCGGAGGGACGGGGGGCGGGCCGCAGAGCGCGCGCGAUUUGAUUGUACAAUGAAAAGAAAUUGAAUCGCUCUAAGGCGAUUUGUGAUCGAACGACACGUGCACGAUUGAUGAAAUAUAUCUUAUUACAAAUUGUAA